AUGGGCUCAAUCGAUCUACAGUGCGACGAGACACAUCCGCAGUGCAAGAGGUGCACCAAAACUGGAAAGACCUGCCCUGGUUAUCGACCUCCCACCCAGUCAACCUUUCGUCCUUGGUUCACAGGAGCAAAGCCUCCGUCUUCUGGCCCGAAGCAGCAGCCCCUUCUCCGUCCACUGCUGAGUAUUGGUACACCCGAAGAACAGAAAGAGAAGGAGAAGGAACAGAAUCACAAUCACACAGGAUAUCCCAUCAGUACAGACGACCGCAGUACCGAAGCACUUCCAUUUCCAGCUUACGAUGGCAGCCACAGCGACGCGCAAGCACAAGCACGCUCCCUGGUCAGACAAUCUAGGACUCUGAAGAGUUCACCUGACUAUCAGUUUCAGUUUCCACGACUGAUUCCACCGGCGCCGUCUACACAAUGGGAAUCCCUGGUGCUGCCGCUCUUUUUCAACCUAUUCUCCAGUUCUCCAGGAUUCACCAAAUAUGACGGGCUGAUGUCGUUCCUUCCACGUGCCUACACUCAGUCCAGUCCGGGUUCUUGUCUCCAUGCUGCCGUCGCCGCAGCCGCCGAUGCGAAUGCCUUCCGCAAGUUGACGGGUAGCAGGGCCCUUUUGCAGGCGAGACACAAACAUUUGAUCGCGCUGUCAGCUGUCCAAAGAGCCAUUCAAGACCCUGUUGAAGCAGUUCAGGAUUCUACCUUGUGUUCUCUAUAUGUGCUGACUCUUUACGAGGUAAUUAAUCUGAUCAACUCUCCCAGCCGCGCUUUGUGA